CGCCGCUCCGCCCCGCCCCUUCCGGCCUCAGCAGCCCUGUAGCGCUCGCUUUUCCCGGUGGAUGCUGCGCUUCUUGGAGCGGAACAUGAAGGUGCUGUUCGUCGCCGCCGUCGUCGUGGGUUCGGUCCUCUUUCUGCUGUUGCCUGGACCUUCCGCGGCAGAUGAGAAGAAGAAGGGACCCAAAGUCACUGUCAAGGUUUACUUUGACCUGCGAAUUGGAGAUGAAGAUAUAGGCCGGGUGGUCAUCGGUCUCUUUGGAAAGACAGUUCCAAAAACGGUGGAUAAUUUUGUGGCCUUGGCUACAGGAGAGAAAGGGUUUGGCUACAAGAACAGCAAAUUCCAUCGUGUCAUCAAGGACUUCAUGAUCCAGGGUGGAGACUUCACCCGGGGAGAUGGCACUGGAGGUAAGAGCAUCUAUGGUGAACGCUUCCCCGACGAGAACUUCAAACUGAAACACUAUGGGCCUGGCUGGGUGAGCAUGGCCAACGCGGGCAAAGACACCAAUGGCUCCCAGUUCUUCAUCACAACGGUCAAGACAGCCUGGUUAGAUGGCAAGCAUGUGGUGUUCGGCAAAGUUCUCGAGGGCAUGGAGGUAGUUCGCAAGGUGGAGAGCACCAAGACAGAUGGUCGGGACAAGCCCCUGAAGGAUGUGACAAUCGCAGACUGUGGCAAGAUCGAGGUGGAGAAGCCCUUUGCCAUCGCCAAGGAGUAGGGCCCCCGGGCACCUCUUCCCUUUGAGCGACUGUCUGUGCAGCCCUGUUGCCCUCCUGGAGGUGAAGACAGUGCUGGGCGCCACAGGGCUCCAUGCCGCUCUGGCCCGAGUGCCAGCAUCCGUCGGAGCAGACCCCUCCCCUUACAUUCCACGGCCGGAGGGCCCGGUUUUGUAACAAACUCCUGUCAACACUGACCAAUUAAAAAAAGGUGGUUUUUUAUAA